CUGAGUGUUCCCUUUGAUAAUUAUUCAAUUAUCAUGGCAGAUAAUAUUCUUGAAAUUAAAAACGUUUAUGAUAUCCCUCCAGAUAUUCGAAAACAAUACGAUAAUUUAAGCGGACCAUCCGCUACGGAACAUGGAAUAAAUGAAAUUAAAGUAGAUUUAAAGGAUAUCAAAAAAGAUUUAAAAGAUGUAAAAAUAAUGAUGGCCGAUUUAAAAGGAGAGAGCAAGAUGAAUGAUUAUAUUAAAAAUUAUUAUGUUGCUAUAAAUUACUUGGAAAUAGAACAAGAUUUCAAUAAACAACAGUAUAUUACACAUGCCAGUGAACUUGGUAAAUAUAUAUUUCCACAAUGGGAAAGUAAAAACCUUAAUACUCGUCAACCAGAUGCAGUUGAAUGCUUCAGUCUAUUGACCAAUCGUUUGAAAUCUUCAAUCGUUCAAAAGUUCGAGUUUGAACCAGAUGACACCCUAGGAUCUAUUAACAAUGAAAAUACAUCAGAUCCUGAAAUAUUUUCAUAUGUAUGCAAUAAAUUAAAUUUAUUAAAACCCGGAAUUUACGAAUUAAAUGAUCCUAAAACUGUUAAUCCUGAACAUGCCGUGCGUGCAAAAAUCAAAUAUCAAGAGGAUAUUGACUAUGCUGACUUACUUGCUGAACAAGAAUGGAUAAAAAAAACAAAUUUCAAAAAUGAGAAACGUAGAAUGGGUAUUAUUCAAAGUAUCAAGGCAACAGUAAAGGGUAUUAGGAACAAAAGAUUUAUACAUCAAUCUAAGGACGGGAAGGUUGUCUUUUAUAUUAACGAUGGCGAAUACGAAAUAAUUCCAGUAAAACAUACAAAUUCAUUUUCUCCCUUUGUUGACCAAACAGUCAAAAUACUUUUCCAACAUUAUAAAUCUUUCUUAAAUACAGCGCCAAAUAUGAACCUUGAUUCUAAACGAAAGUUGAUAAUUCUUAAAAAAUCAGUAACACUGCAAGAUAAAAUCAAUAGUUUUAAGAAAUGUAUAGCUGAUACAGAAGAGUUUAAACAAUUUGAAGAAAAAUAUGUUGGGCUGAACAAUGGACAUGGACAUUGGGCCACUGUUAUGCCCCGUAUUUCUUUUUCUGACUAG